UUGUUAUUGUUCGCAGAAAACCCGGUGUGUGGUAAAAUGUCAACUGGAUUCCCACACUCUGAUCCGAAGCGUGUGUUUUGUUUUUUUUUAAAGUGAUGUCCAGUUUCAGAUUUUAAAAUCCCUUACUAUAUGCAAUGACAGCGUUGGCUGGUUUGUUUUUUCCUGUGUGUUCAACUGAAUUCCUGUUCGUUUAAAGCAAACCUGUGGUGUAGUCGAAGCUGAGUGUCAGGUGCUUAAGGAAGCGCGGAACAGAAUGGACAAUUACAAAGCGUUUUGUGAGUCACAGUUGCCCCAAAUAAAGGCCAAAGUAACAGAAAAGUAUAAAAAACACGAAACACUGGAUUCGAAGAGAAAGGGCAGCGCUUCGUUAAUUCGGUUCCACGGGCUGACCAUCCUGCCACCAGUGCUGACUAGGGAACAGAGAGCUGAGAUGCAAAAAUAUCAACAAGAUGCCUUGACCUGCAAAAAUCAAAGAAAGGAAUCGCAGGAAGAUCAUCUGAUGAUUCGUGUUCGAACUCUUCUAGAGAGUGUCGAGCUCCGGAAAGCACCAACUCUGCAGGAAUUCAUCCAAGAUGAUUCUGGGAUUUUGUCAGCUGUUAUUACUGGAUGCAGUGAAACUUGCGUUGAUUUAAAGAACAAAAGUGUAGAAUCAGACGAUUGCAGUGUUAACAAAUGGGAUCUGUCACUUGCUUCCAAACAAGACUAUGAUAGGAGCACCACGUUUCAUCUGCCAACAUCUACAGCAGAUGAAGGACUUUUAACUAAAGGCUUACAAGAUUUUCAUAACAUGUAUGCUGAACAGGGGACUAAUCACAAGUUGCAAGAAGUAAGCCAAAGUAUUCCAAGCGACCAAGUUCAAUGCUUAGAAACUAGCAGUGCCUCCGUGAAUCCCACCCUAAUGUGCCAAAAUCCUUAUUACCAAAAUGAUACUAGUCAAAGGUCAGUGUCAUCUGGAUAUGUAACCUGCAAUAAUGUGGAUAUCAUGGAUCAUGUCAGUAGUGGAGCAGAGAUUUUUCACAAAUGGAAAGAUGAACCUUCAAUGUCUUCAGACAGGUUUUUUCUUCAUGAAACCAGUUGUGACUCUAACAAGGUUCCAUGCAUACCAGGUGAUACAUUGGUUCAUUUUAGCACAAAGGACAAUCCACAAGCAAACAAAGUGUCCGUCAGUGAUGUAAUUUCAAAGCAUUCUGAACGGGAAAAUACUCGAGAUGAAAAAACGGCAGAUCUCGAGAUUCCAGAGGAACCUUACCUUAUGAGCCUCCAGAACCUGCUGAAAAAGUCAAGAGAGUUUCGAGACAAGCAGCGUGAGCUAAAGAAGUCGAAAGUGAGGGCUGUGGGGAAAAUCAAUGCAGACAGUCUUUCUGACAAAGAGAAUGAUGACAAAUCGCAGCCAGGGGAUCACAAGAAAGCUAAAGUCAAAAAGGAGAGCAAUGGAAGAGUGACAGUCAUGUCUGAUAAAGGAGUUCUUUCCCAUUGUAGGAGGAUCAAUCAAUCAUUGGGGGCUCAUGAAAAAUUGAGCACAUCUAUGACACUGGAACAUCGUGGUAAGCAGUUUCUUCAUCAAGAAAUGCAAAAUACAACAUUUCAAGGGUUUGAUGCUGUAAACUCUGUUGUUUCAGCAAGUUGCAAACAAACCGAACUCACUAACAGUUUUACAUGUAAUGUAUUGACACAAACAGAAGACAAGCAAAAGACCAAGACGCUGAAAGAUGUCAGCAUCUGUCAUGGUGUCAUCCCAGCUCCAACUGCUGCUUGCUCUUUGGCCCCGAAGACUUCCUAUAGUGCGGCUAGUGGAAAUGGUGUACUGAAUAUUUCUAGUAAAAAUUUUAAAAUAGUUCCCAGUCCUGAGUUUAGUAAAAGCCCAGUGCAUUCAAAGAAAAUCACAGGUCAGAGCAGAAAGCUGUUGGUCAACACUUCUUUGAGUAUUGGUAACGAUGCAGGUGAGCAUUGCACUAAAAACAAAAGCACACCAGACCUUCAAGAAGAUUGUCAGGAAAACACCAAAAGGCUUGAAACUGAGCAGAUGACACAGCUAGAGCUUGACUUGUCAGGUUUGAAAGCACUGAUAUUAGACCUGGAAUCAACCAUCUCUAAGACGUCAGCCCACAAUUCAUUACAAGAAAACUCCAUUAUAUGUAACAAGUCUUUUUUCCAAACCAGAAUGCCAAAUAACAAAACCUGUAAAUCGGAUUCAUUUUCAAGGGACUCAAAAGAAUCGAUUCAAACUAAAUCUUGUGGAACAUCCUUACUUCAAAACAAGCUGAUACCAGAUUUGUUAGAAGUUUCUCAUUUUGAGUCACAUAAAGGGAAUAUUAUAUCUGAUACAUGUAAUCAAACUGCUGGUGUUAAAUCAGUAAAACAGAGGGACAUGGAAAAUAUGUCCCGCCACAUUUCAGUAAAUAAAUCGUACGAUGUAGAUAAUCCGUCAAUGCUUUGGCUACUGGAUUUGCAUUUGGGACAAGAGUGUGGGUGCCAGGAAACUUCAGUGACCCCUGAGAAUGGGAAAAAUGCACAGGAGUCCAGAGUCAAGAGAAGACUUGUCAUGAAUGCUGGGGAUUCGAGUACCAACAGAGACAAAUAUGUCUUGAAACCCAAUUUGGCAAAAAGACCACUUUCAAGGCUACACAAUUCAGUGAACCACUCUAUCCUGGAGAGACAGCAGCUGCAGCUGAAGCAGGAACAUGCCAGACAGAUCUCAGCUCUGUUGAAAGAGCAGAAGAAACAGCAGCAAUGGGUAGUGCAACAAAUUGCAGAGCAGUCCCAGCAUUUGCACCGCAUAUCAUUCCAGUAUAAUGAGCUCAGCAAAGAGCAGACCACUGUGGGACAGUCUGCACCAGUCAAGGCUUCAUUAACAUCAUCCAUUAUUCUGCAUAACAAGGCUUACCCAUCCAGCAUGGUGUCACAGCCACGUGAUUUCAUUUUAGUAACACAUGCCAAGAUAGCAGCAGUGGUGAAAGGUUACCUCACAAGGAGGCUUUUGCGCACGGAACGAUUAACACAUCUCAUCAGGACUAUUCAGGAUUCACGUAUGUUAUUGCUGACUGUUGAAAGUCCAGGAAAGAUGGGGUUAAGUUCUCAUCAGAGUUGUUCAUUAGGAGAACGAGUUUUGCUUCAGCUUCGUUCUGCCCUCUAUGAAGUCCAUGACAUUUUCUUCAACUUGUCUGCAUCGGAAAGAAUGCAGAUCAUCUCCCACGAUCGGAAACUACAAAAACAGAGGCAGUUUAAGCAAAGGGGCCACAGUAGAAAUCUGGACAAGGGAAUGUCAGUGCUGUCAGCUGCCACCUUAAAGGUUUUGGAGAGGAAAAGGAGAUUGCUAGUACAGAGGACAGCAGCAGAAGGACAGACUAGGCAGGGGAACGUUCAGCCUGGGAGACAGUUCCGUUUGCAUCCUUACAAGGAACAAAGGACCACUAUCUACAAGUAACCCCAGAUAACAAGAACAACGAGUUCCUGAAAGAAUGCAUGCACGCUGACACACAGGAUGCACAGUGACAGUCCUGUGCAGUCUCUGCACCUCAACCACAAGGAUCAGGUUGAAGCACCGUGUUUACAAUAGUUCUGGGUUCGGUUUUUUUGGUGUAGUUUUGUUCUUGUUUUUCAUGUUCUUUCAGUUUUUUCUUUACUUUUAAUUAAAAAUAAUUUUUGGGAUUUUCACUGCCUCAGAAGAGGAAAUAAAGGGGUGGGGGUUUAUGAAAAGAGGAGUAUGAUAGCAUCUAGCCUUUUUGUGUUAUCUAUUAUUUAUAUUAAUGAAAAAUGGAGCAUAUGACUUAAGAUAUUGGCUAAUAAGGCUAAUGUAAUCCUGUGCGCGCGUGUGUGUGUGUAUAGACACACACACACACACACACACACACACACACACACAAUUUGAGGGCACUGCAGUUUUGUUUGAAGCCCAGCUGUUGAAACACCUGAUCCCUCAAUGCCAAAGUCGCUGUUGUGAUACAAAAAAGUGCCUUGUAAGUAUGUACACCCCCCCCCCCCCCCCCCCCCUGCAAAAUAUGUCUGAAAUGUAUGUUUUCUUUGUGCUGGUCUGUUAUAUUGAUCUGUAUAUAUAAAUACAACUGCCAUUUAAUAUAAUAAGCAUAGGAUCGAAGCUCAUGAAAACCAGCAUCUCUUACUGUGAAAGAGGAAAUCUCGCUGAUUUGUGAUGUGUGUGUUUAUUUUUAAACUCUGAAGUUCCUUAUCUGCAUUUGUUAAUAAAAUAUG